AUGUCAGUUGAUUUCGUUUCCAACGUUCCAGUAGAAUCUGUAGUUUUUGAUGCUUCUGUGCUUCAACAUGAGACCAACAUAUCCAACAUACCCAAGGAAUUCAUAUGGCCUGACGACGAGAAGUUCUCCGGUGAAGCACGAGAACUCCCCGUUCCCAUUAUCGACAUGGGUGGUUUCCUCUCUGGAGACCCAGUUGCUGUCAAGGAAGCAUGCAAGCAAGUUCGAGAGGCUUGCGAGAAGCAUGGAUUCUUCGUCAUCAUUAACCAUGGUAUUGAUGAUAAGCAAGUCGAUGAUGUUCAUAUGCAUUUGAAGCGUUUCUUUGAAAUGCCACUUUCUGAAAAGAAAAAGGCUCGAAGAGAGUUCGGUGAUUACAUUGGUUAUGCAAGUAGCUUUACUGAGAGGUUCACCACACGUCUCCCAUGGAAGGAGACAUUCUCCCUUCACCAUGUAGCAGAAAGUAAAAGCGUUGAGGAAUAUUUGGUGAAUGUCUUCGGUGAAAAGGAAUUUGGGAGGGUAUUCCAGGAAUUUUGCAAUUCAAUGGGCAGCCUUGGUCUUGAGAUCAUGGAACUGUUAGGAGAGAGCCUUGGGGUAGGGAGCUACUUCAAGAAGUUCUAUGAAGACCAUGAUUCGGUAUUGAGGCUUAACUACUACCCCAAGUGCCUAACUCCUCAGCACACUAUAGGAACCGGGCCACAUGCCGAUCCAAUCUCUAUAACAAUCCUUCAUCAAGACGAUGUCGCUGGUCUACAGGUAUUAAUGGAUGAUGAAUGGUUUAAUGUAAGCCCCUAUCCUGGAUCAUUUGUUAUCAACGUUGGAGAUACUUUUAUGGCUCUUACUAAUGGGAGGUACAAAAGCGUGGUGCAUAGAGCCGUGGUUAACAAUGAGAAGCCAAGGGUAUCUCUUGCUUACUUCAUGAACCCACAACCAGAUAAGAUCCUAAGGCCACCAAGCGAGCUGGUGGAUGAGGAGAAGAAUCCAAGGAAGUAUCCCGACUUCAGUUGGGGAGCACUGCAUGAAUUCACUCAGAAAGAGCACAGGGUUGGCACUGACACCCUUGAUUGGUUCUUCGAACGGAAAAAAGGACUGAAGACAUAUUAA